AAAGAGCAGGCACUUUGCUUCUGAGCUCAGUUCAGUCCCCGGAGGGCUAGCAUUAGCUGAGCACCAGGGAGACAUCCAAGGCAGGAGGACAUGUGGCUGCUCCCGGUUCUGUUCCUUCCCAUCGUCCAAGGCUCAUAUCCCCUCAUGGCAGUGUCAAAUGCAGUGAGUGGCCCCGUGCGGGGCUCGCUGACCGUGCAGUGUCGCUAUGAACCUGGGUGGGAGACCUACAAGAAGUGGUGGUGUCGAGGAGCUAAUUGGGAGAACUGCCAUAUCCUUGUGAAAACCAAUGGAUCAGGGGAGAAAGCAAAGGGUAACCAAGUGUCCAUCCAGGACAAUCAGAAAAUGAACAUGUUCACCGUGACCAUGGAGGAGCUCAGGUGGAACGAUGCAGACACCUAUUGGUGUGGGAUUGAGAAAUCUGGAACUGACCUUGGGGUCAAAGUCAAAGUGACCAUUGACCCAGUGACCAUGCAGUGUCACUACAGCCCAGAGUGGGAGACCUACGUGAGGUCCUGGUGUCCAGAUGCUGAUCUGAGUAGCUGCACCAUCGUUGUUCAAACCGCUGGAUCAGAGCUGAAGAAGAACCUUGUGUCCAUCAAUCAGAAAAUGCGCACAUUCUCCAUGACCAUAUGGGGAGAGUAAAACAACUUUUGAAAAAAAUGACCUGUUGUGUUUCUGAGUUGCUCCCAGACGUUUUACAGAAUGGCAUCCCUGGGGCGCCUGGGUGGUGCAGUUGGUUAAGCGUCUGACUUCAGCCAGAUCACGAUCUCACGGUCCGUGGGUUCGAGCCCCGCGCGGGGCUCUGGGCUGAUGGCUCAGGGCCUGGAGCCUGUUUCCGAUUCUGUGUCUCCCUCUCUCUCUGCCCCUCCCCCGUUCAUGCUCUGUCUCGCUCAGUCCCAAAAAUAAAUAAAAAACGUUGAAAAAAAAAUUAAAAAAAAAAAAAAAAGAAUGGCAUCCCUGUUCACACCCGAAAUUGGGAAAUUCAGAGAAGGACCCAAGCUUAGAAUUCUUCCAUAAGUUCCUUCUUUGCUUUUUCUGGGGCACCUUUUAAAUUAACCACUUGGAUUUGAUUCUGUGAAAAAUCAGUGACCUCUUCCCCGACCCCCUUGUAAGUCACAGGGGCUCUCAGUCUCCUGCUCUCAGUCUCCUGCUUGUUCGUGGUCCAGGAUGGGGGACUGCCCUUCCUCAGGCUCUCCCCUGGAUCUGUAAACAAUAAAUGUUGUGACUCUG